AAACAUAGCUGUCUCUUUCUAUUACUCAUCAUGACUCGCAACUAGAAAGACGUGUUAUUGUUUUCUCCCGUGCGAUUAAUUGCUUAAAGAUGGGUUUCUAGUUUUGAAACGUUUGCACACCUGCGUGUGCCUUCACAAGUUAUAAAAAAUGUUUGCCAAAAUGGCGCCUUCCAAGGACAUCCCUGUCCCUCGACCACUACCAUCAUCAACGGAUCUCGAUCGAUUCAGAUUAGACUUUGCAACUUUGAUUGACUCCAAGGACCACAUCAACUACAAUGAGUGCAAGCGAGUCAUGGGUGUGGUCGCUGGCUUCGGCCGACGGCCUUCUCACUGAAAAUGAACGCUGCUUGCUGCGCGACGUUGAUCUUUUUAAGACCGAUGAAGAUCUCCUGAAGAGUUUCCCGAGCGCUGCUCCGAAGAUCGACUUCAGCAAAUUCCUUCAAGAUGACAUGUCGAAUACAAUGUACCCGCCGUCUCCGCCCGACACCAAGCCCAGUCGAGCAGAACUUGCCAACGAUCUUCUGCAGCAGCUGGAAACUCAAUGCAAACAAGAAAACAUAUUCCAAAAUUGGUUAGAAGAGAAAGUGGAUCUUCCCAUUUUCGAAAACAUCUCUCAAGUGCCCGAGCGCGUGGAGGCGCCUCCGGCCGCGCUGCCGGUGGAGGCCUACCCGCCGCAGACGGUGCCGCAGCCGACCGAGGUGCUGCUGCGCGAGUUCGAGACGGUGUACGGCGCCGUCGAGCUCACCCACCUCACGCCGCCGCAGAGCCCGCCCGGCCCCGCCACGCAGCUGCUGCUCAGCUACGCGCAGCAGGCGCAGUGCGCGCCGCUCGCGCCCGCCGAGCCGUGGCCCGUUGCGCCCGUGCAAGCCGUGCUGCCGGACUACGACUGCGACUCGCAGGUGCUGGAGGAGCUGGUGCGCCACCGCGCCGCGCAGCUCGCGUCCCCGCAGCCGUCGGGGCGCAGCGCGUCGCCGUCGCCGCACUCGUCCCCGCGCUCCUCCCCGCCCUCGUCGCCGCGCUCGUCGUCCGCGGACGAGGACUGGUGCGUCUCGUCCGCCCGCCCCAAGCCGUACUCUCGGAACGUGGACGACCGCCGCUCGCGCAAGAAGGAGCAGAACAAGAACGCGGCCACCCGCUACCGUCAGAAGAAGAAGGCCGAGAUCGAGGUGCUGCUCGGCGAGGAGCAAAACUUGCGCAAGCGUCACACCGAGCUCGGCGACAAGUGCUCGGACCUCCAGCGCGAGAUCCGCUAUCUGAAGGGGCUCAUGCGCGACCUGUUCAAGGCGAAGGGCCUUAUAAAAUAAGUACUAGGCGCUAUCAUUCCGUGAAAGAAUAUUAACCGCACCGCGCGAAUCGCGGUCUACUGAAUAUUGUUCAAACAAGUUAUGGAGUUUUAUUAAGUUUCGAUGAUAUACUUACAUUUUUAAUUUCUAGUUAGCUAGAUAAGUUUGUAUUGUUUGCAUCAUAUAUUAAUGUCGUGCAGCAUAGUCACCCGUGUCAUCGUCGAGGGCAUCUAUAUAACAUCUUAUUACGAUCCAUAGGUGGCGCUAUUUUUUUCAUUUCAUCUUUCAUUAAUUUUAAGAGGACAGGUUGCAUUCGUUGUGAUGAAAGCAUGAACUUCCAUUUGUAAUUCAAUUACAGCAGCACGGUUAUAUUGUACAGAUUUUAUUUUGUAUUAUGAGAUCUUGUUCUGUUUUCUAACAAUAUAAGGGAUGCGACGGCGGAA